GUCAAAAAAUUGAACACACAGCAGUGUGAGGAGACCUGAAAGUGGCACAGGGCAUGGCAGAGUGUGGCGAUGGAGACAGCAGCAUAUGGGAGGCCGUAACAGGGACCCAUGAGAGACUCUGGACUUGGCGAGAGCAGCAUGAGGAGGCGGGUAUAGGGGCCCAUGGCAGAUUAGGGGCCCUGGCAGCAGCUAUGGGAGGCCAUAGUCUGCCAGCACCCCUAUGUCAAAAAAUGAAACACCAGCAGUGUGAGGAGACCUGAAAGUGGCACAUGGCAGAGUGAGACACUGUGGACCUAGCAGCAGCAUGAGGAGGCGGUCAGGGGCCCAUGGCAGAUUAGGGGGCCUGGCAGCAGCA